CUCGGGGCCUGGGACUCUCCAUCUCAUUUACACUUGGCGCCAGGUGCACAAAGCAGCUGCUGUUCUAGCGACACGACUCCUCUGUUCUGGCGAAAAAGGUGUUUUUAAGAUUGGGAACUAGCUAAUACAGUGUACCGAACACUAAGUUAUGGAGACCUGAGAUUGAGUACAUUUUGUACACGUAGGUUUCAUUCUGACCUACUUUGGUUUGAGGUAAGGGACCGGAAGCACACUCGUGUUAGCUGCAUGCCAAAGUGUAACACUGUGUCAAAAUGCUAAGAUAUUAGCUAUUAACUCGGCCCCUGGUGUGACAGUGUUCCGCCUGUACUUGUGUGAACGCCCCGUCAGUGUUAUUUGGCGUCGCAGAUAUAAGUAAGCUGCACUUGAGGAGACUCCUGUGUGUGCACGACGGAAACGAAUAAGGAGAACGAAGAUGAAGAAACUAACGAUUAACGUGACCACACGAUGGGUGGUUAGAGCAGGAGGGAUGUAGCUCCCCAGAUUGAGCAAAUCGAUUGCGGCGGACUGUGACAGCGCGAGAGGCGUUUGUGCAGUUUCGCAGGACAGCGGAAAUAGUCGGAAGACGAGGGGGCAUGUAUAAGGCUACGUACGCACAGCAAAGACCGUUAGUUCGUAGGUCAGCUAUAUAGGGAAGAUAAAGGAAGCCCCUUCUAUUCGCACUCCACCCAGUCGCCGCAGAGGGUGUACAUGUACAUACCAAGGUGUCUGUUGAGAAAAGAUUUUACACGGAAUUCGCGCUGGUGCAACAAAGCAGCGGCAUUGAGCCUCUAGCGCCAGUCGAGGGCCCGGCGACUGUUUACAUGCAGUACUCGCUCAGCCUCUAGUUUCGGGCGACUCGCAACAAGUUUUCUUCGCCUCCGACACGCCCGGCAGGGCACGUUCCCCGCGUCUCAUCAGGUGGCCACGGGCGGGUAACAUUAUGUUAAACAAGCGAGGAGCUGAAUCGUCGGGAAGUGCGCAGCGCUUUGCAUUUCUCCUGGUUGUCGGCCGUCCGUAGUUUAAAUCUCCGGCCAUUCACAACGAGGCACAGCCCUCGUCUCGUCCAGGACAUGAAUCAAGUUGCGAAAUGCACGGCAGUCUUUAGCUGGGCAGGCGGAGAGACGGACAGAGCACACAGCACGCAGGCCGCUCGUCUUCUUGAAGCAUGCCAAUAGUGAUUUGAGAAGAUAGUGGAGUGUUUUGACUGGAGCUGCUGGGAACUCUCGCACGUGCUUCUGCGCUACGUUGGCGAUAAACCCAAGGAAAUUCUUACUCAAGACUGCGAGCAAGUGUAGAAUUAGACCGAGCCAGUCCAUGUUUUGUGUAGAGUGUCGGAUAUGUUAUAUGGGUCUCGUGUCUUCCGCCUGAAGAUCGCUGAUAACCUCCUUUGAUCCCUCGUUAAGCUGUCAUCUUUCGGCUUAAAGUGUACGUAGCCGCUUAUAGUUCUGGCGAGAUUUUUUUAGAUGGAUAGGUCAACGAGGCGAGUCACAGAAGUAUAGAAGACUUGUUAUCAAAGGUCAACAGUUAAGGUGGUACACGUGUUUCUAAACGGACACUUCCAUUCAGUGUCUGAUUUUUCUUUCCACGUCAGGACACUGGGAUAUGCGCAGUAGUAAACCACAGCUGCGGGUGAUGGAGUCUGCUCUUUAUUCUCGCACUCCUGUGCUCACUUAACAAAGUGUGCAGCCACAGACACUGCGCUUUCGCUAUAUCCACUAUGCAGGCUUUCUUGAAGCGACACUAUAAGAAGGGGUCACGUGUUAAAACAGGUCACACGGAAGUGGUGAAAGUCGAAGGCCCCUGGGGAGUACGGAAAUACCACGACGCCGUCAGCAAGUCCAUGGACUCUCUCCUGAUGGUGGCGUCCAGCGUCCCUUUGCCGUCCGAAGCCAAACUGUCCGUCGAUUCCGGGAGCUCGGAAUCUUCUGGCCACAAACCACGCCGCCCGGAAGCCCCCGCUUCACACUUUUCCGACCAGGACCUGUCUAGUAUGGACCGCCGAUACUCCUGUGACCUGUCCGUGGAAGACUUCUCUGACGAUGAAGACGACAAUGACGAUAACAGAAGCGAUGCGGGACUGUCGCGCAGCUUGGAGGCGUCUCCGCUGCGCACUUCCAGGGUCCGCAACUCGGACUCAACAGACAGCAGGGAGACGUUUCAGUUGCUGCGUCACUCCCUGCUGGCUACUUUGGGGCAGUCGGCGAGUUUGACCAGUGACAGGGAGACCGACUCAGAUGACGAUCUCAGAUUCUCCGCUGCGCGUGCCAAGAACCGCGAGCGGCUGAUAUCUGGUUCCAUGGACACCUUAACACGGACUACAGACCAACUGGCUAACGAGGAUCCGUCCUUAAAGCCGCGGUCAAACGCUCUCAUGGACCAUCCCUUCUUUCUUCUGGAGGUUCGACUUCGCGAGGGCAAGGACUUGGUGGUACGAGACAGCUGUGGUACCAGUGACCCGUACGUCAAGUUCAAAGUGGGAGGAAAGCAGGUUUACAAGAGUCGAAUCGUCUACAAGAACCUCAACCCCAGGUGGGACGAGACCUUCACCAUCCCCGUGGACGACGUCCAGAAGCCCGUCAACGUGAAAGUCUUUGACCAUGACCGUGCCCUCUAUGACGACCCCAUGGGCUCGGCGGACAUUGACUUGUCACAGCUGGAGCUGGAAAAACCCAGCGAGCUGAAGCUGAUGCUAUCCGAUCGCGGCAAGUCUGAUUAUAUGGGCUACCUGGUUCUCACAUGUACUCUUACUCCUAAAACUCAAGAAGACAAAGAUCAGCAGUUUUUGAGAAGAAGUGUCAGAAGCAUGGAGUCCUCAAAAAAGCUGAAACUGCAGUCGUGGUCAGGAGUGUUGACCGUUACCUUGGUAGAUGGCUGGAAUCUGUUAUCAAUGGAUGACAAUGGCCUCAGUGAUCCCUACGUGAAGUUCAAACUGGGCAAUGAAAAAUAUCGCAGCAGACACAAAAGCAAAACACUCAAUCCUCGCUGGCUGGAGCAGUUUGAUCUCCGUCUCUUUGAUGACCAGAGCAUGCAGCUGGAGAUUAGUGUUUAUGACCAUGAUGUCACUGGCAAAGAUGACUUCAUGGGCAGGGCAACAAUAGACCUUAGUCAGCUGGAGCCAGAAGUGACACACACUAUUGAGCAAGAGCUGGAAGAUGGUGGUGGCAUGGUGCGGCUGCUUCUAACUAUGAGUGGAACAAGCAGAGGUGAUGCUUCUUCAGACCUCUGUAACUUCACACCUAUAUCUCGAGACCUUGAUGACAUCUGCCGUAAAUAUAGUUUAUUAAGAUCUUUCAAAAACAUGAGUGAUGUUGGAUACCUGCAGGUCAUAGUGUAUCGAGCUGUAGGACUCAAAUCUGCUGACUUCGGGGGCCAGAGUGAUCCAUUCUGCGUGCUGGAGCUGGUCAAUGCCCGUGUGCAGACUCACACUGAGUACAAAACUUUGAACCCAGAGUGGAGCAAAGUCUUUACAUUCAAAGUUCGUGAUAUCCAUUCAGUACUUGAAGUAACAGUCUAUGAUGAAGAUCGAGAUAAGAAAGUUGAAUUCCUGGGUAAAGUUGCAAUACCACUUUUAAGGGUCAGAUCAGGGGAGGUGCAAUGGUAUGCACUGAAGGAUAAGAAACUGAUGCACCGGGAGAAGGGAUCCAUACAGCUGAAGAUAGACUUCGUUUUCAAUCAUGUAAAAGCUGCCAUACGCACUGUGAAUCCAGCUGAAGAGAAGUUCAUGCAAAUUGAACCCAAGUUUAGGAUUAACACCAUGAAGCGCAAUGUUGAUCGCGUCUCACAGCUAAUAGGUGUUCUGUUAGAUGGAGGUCGAUUCCUGCAGAGUUGCUUCAGCUGGGAGUCCACAUCACGCAGUGCUACUGCCUUCAUUGCAUUUUUGGUGAUCGUCUGGAACUUUGAGCUGUAUAUGCUACCCAUCAGCCUUCUUCUGAUUUUUUUGAAGAAUAUGCUGGUUGCUCAGGUGGUAGGUGCCUUAAAGCGAGAGCCUGUUGAGGAAGAUACCAACGAUGAUGACGAUGAUGAAGAAGAAGAGGACAAAGACAAGCCUAAUAUCUACAAGCACUUGGUUCCAGAUAUAGAAGAGAAAAAGACAUUCAAGGAGAAGCUUCAGUCCAUUCAAGAUGUCUGCCUAAAAGUGCAGGAGACCAUGGACAUGGUUGCUUGCCUUGGUGAACGCAUCAAAAAUACCUUUAACUGGAGUGUGCCAUGGUUGUCAGCACUUGCUAUGGUGGCACUGUCAGUGGCUGUUGUUGUCUUGUACUUCAUUCCCAUCAGGAUUCUUAUAUUACUGUGGGGAAUAAACAAGUUUACCAAAAAGCUGCGCAGUCCCAAUGCAAUAAACAACAACGAGCUUCUGGACUUUCUCUCUAGAGUGCCAUGUGACAGUCAGUUGGUCCAGUACCGAGAGUUUCGACCUGAUGAAACAGUCAGCCCAGGCACCAAAAAGAAACGCUCUUGACCUAGGAAGAUGAAGACUUAAAUUAUUUCUUAGCAUCAGCAGCUCCAUUAAGCUGAACUCAGGCUCCUCUCGCUCAAAGUGCCUUGGCAUCCUUUUUGGCUUUUUAUUGCUCAUUCUUACCAUCUUGUUGUGACAGUCAAGGAUGGACCUAUCCCUCCCCACAGCAAGAUGAAAGUUGGAAAUAAAUGCCAUGCAAUUUGCUGCUACUCAAAACUCUUGACCUCAGUUUGCUAUGUGCCAUGGUAUCUAGGCAUGUGUGCAAUAGGCCCAUUCCACACAAGCAUGGCACCAGCUAUGUUGUGUGAUGCUGAAGUGACAAAAGCAGGGAUUGAUUGAUGUCACUUUUGGAAUUUUCUGAUCUAAAAUUCCACUGAAGUCUUCAUGUUGAAGUUAUAGCAAGAUGUAAUUCUUAUGGAUUUUUUUUUAAGGAGGGAUGAACUGUUAUCACUAUUUUUAGUGAUCACAUUAUGUGUGUAUGAAAUGCAAGUCUUCACUGAGUGAAAAUUUAUCAUAAACCAAUAACUGUGAAGAGUGGGUGCAACAAGGCGGUUUUUUUUUAAAAUAGAUAACAAUGUAGCCAUUUUCUUCUCUAAGGAUUCUCUCUGCAGAUUAGAAUUGUUGUUAUUUUACAUGACUUUUGUAAGGCUACAGUGGACCGGUGACAACUCAUUUCAGAUAUGCCAAGAAAUUUCCUGUGUGGCCUUGUUUUAUGGACAGGACUUUCUUCUGAUUUGUAGUAAGCUUACAUUGACUGGCCUAUUCAGACAAGGUACUGUUACUGUACAGUUCUGCAUUUAUGGGUGAUACAGUAGACGAGGAUUUCCUAAAUUAACUUAUUCAGAUUCAGAGGUGCACAUCCUCAGUGAUUGCCACAGGUUUACUUGCCUAAUGUGGACAUAAACAAUUUCAGAUGGUAGGAGUGCUGGAAACAAUGGGAUGCCUCUAUGGCUUUUGAUGGUCUGAGGGACUCUUAGCAUGACGGCACUCGACCUGAUGUUAUGUGAAAAGGGGUUUAGUGUAUAGAUUGAACAGAAGCUAGACCUAACUAUUGUGAAGGUGGCUAAGGGUCACAUAAUCCUUUCAUGAUGAUGGUGAAUGUUUUUUAGGCAAGAUUUCAUUCCACCAAGCUGCUUAUCCUUAUAUCCAUUAAAAGUUUUAAUACCCAUUUAAAAUAAAUUCUCACAUUCCUUACAUUAUUACAAUUUUUUUAAUUAAAAUGUCGAUAGUCGUCCUCCCCCAAGAAAAAAAAAAUCACGACAGCAUGUGAACAUGUGAGCACAAUCAUGGUUGUGUUUGUAGGUGGUGAUACAAGAAUAAAUAGUAUGAAUUUCAUUGCACUAGAAUAUCUCACACAGAUCAGGUUGAAUGAAAAUGAACUUUUCACUCUUUGCUCCCAUGAGAAAAGUUUUACACAUCUCAAAUGCUAACUGUACAGUCUCCUUUUGAAUUUUUUUUUUUUUAACAGAGUGGAUGGGUAAUAACUUACCAGAAAAUGUACAUUACUCACAGUUGUAUGACAAGAGAACUCAAAGUGGAUUUUAAGAGCUACGUAGUGUGAAUAUUGUUAGUUAUCGGACAACAGUAUGUGUUCAAACUUGUCUUCACGUUGGUGCUUGUAGAUGAGAUCAAAGCUAAAAUUAAAUGUUAAAAAAAUAAAUAAGGAUUGUAUGCUGUUCUCAUUUGGAGCUCAAGAAUCUCAGUUAAUGUGUUCUUUGUCAAAUAGUCCCCAUUACAGCUUUUAAAAGAAGUAGGACUAUACCCCUGUGAUGAUCUUGAGUGGGUGAGCUUCCAUCGUCAAAGAGUUAAACAAGCCAAUGUGAUUGUGAAAGGACUGUAAAAAUGAGGGUGCUGAAUUGAGCUUUGACUCUUUAACUCGGAUGUCCAAAGGCUGCCUGCAAGAACUGUCAUGCUUUAUAAUGAUGCUGUGAAAGUAACUGCAGCAAAGGACAUAACCAUAAUGCUGUACAUGGAUAUAAAUGAUCACAUUUUGACAGGCACAACAUUCGUUUGCUCAAAUAAUUCAUGCAAUAUAUUGAAAUUAAUGUAGUGACUUUACAGUUCAUAUCAUUUUUAUCUCAUUGUUUUCAGAUGUCUUGACUGGCCUGUUUUUAUAUUAAUUCUACUGCCAUAAGAAUGUUCAAAUGAAUGUGUGGAUGGGAAAUGGUGUUUUUGUCCAGCACAAUACAGUUUUCUUUACAUUGCACUUUUAAUAACCGUCAAUAAACAACUAUUGAAUCUUUUACAAUAAGACGUAAAGUUCUUCAUAUCACUUUUCAUUCCUAUUGCAAAUUUUAGAUAGUUGAGGUGUCCUGAUUUUAAAAUAGGAAAGAUUUUUGCAAUGGGAUGUUAGCCGAGUGCUGUUUGUUUUCUUCCAGUUCUACAUCUUAGAUGCUACAAAUGUCAAAAUAAUAUUCUUUCUCAUGAAGUAGUAAUGUUUAAAAAAAAAAAUUAAAUGAGAAAACGGCAAGGCUUUUUAUGUGUGGCAGGCAUACAUCAUUAUAUCCCAUGAUUUGAAGUUUUCAACCCUAUAACUUCAAGCUAAAAUCAUAGUGACACACAUUGAGUGCAUUAAUCUGACCAGGAACUCUUCUUCAGCACUUGAAUAUUUUUUUUCUUUAACCCUCUUAGCACGAUAGUAGCUCUGCUCUUGUGACCCAAGAAUAUUAAACUGUUUAUUUUCUUGGGUUAUUGCUGCCUUAGACUGAAGUCAUCAAUUUUCAUUACUUUUAUAGCAAAAGAUGAGGCUGUUUUUCUUUUCAAAAUGUAUGUUUCUUAAUCUAAUGUUUUACCUGAGAGCAGUAGAGUACAAUAACAACCAUCUCCCUCUGACGUCUUCAACAUCUCAAGCUAUGCGCCAUUAUUUUAUUAUAUAAUUAUAUUUUUAUGCCGUGCUAAGAGGGUUAAUUAUGGUUGUGAAAUUUGAAGCUGGUUCAACCAACAUAAUAAAGAAAACUAAAAACAGU